UCGGGCCGCGGAACCCCGGGGCGGCGGCGGCCGCUUUGUUUCCUCCUCCCCUUCCGCCGCCGCCGCCGCCGCCGCCGGCCCAGCCGAGCCCGGAGGCCCCGCCGGCGCCGCAUGGAGUACGCGGCGGCGGGCUGAGCGCCGCUGCGCCGCCCUCGCCGCCCGCCCGCCCGCCGCGCCGCGCCGCGGCGCACCGCAGCCGCGGGAGGUCUCAUGGUACCAAGUGACGUGUCCUUCCUGUGAGACUCGAUCGCCUGAACCUCCUGAGAAGAUGUCAGGGAUGCAGGCCGUCUGGCCGUCCGGUACGGAGUGUAUCGCCAAGUACAACUUCCACGGUACCGCCGAGCAGGACCUGCCCUUCAGCAAAGGAGACGUCCUCACCAUCGUCGCUGUCACCAAGGAUCCCAACUGGUACAAGGCGAAGAACAAGGUGGGCCGGGAAGGCAUCAUCCCUGCCAACUACGUGCAGAAACGGGAAGGAGUGAAAGCCGGGAUCAAACUCAGCCUCAUGCCGUGGUUCCACGGGAAGAUCACGCGGGAGCAGGCGGAGCGGCUCCUGUACCCGCCCGAGACGGGGCUCUUCCUCGUGCGGGAGAGCACCAACUACCCCGGCGACUACACCCUCUGCGUGAGCUGCGACGGCAAAGUGGAGCACUACCGCAUCAUCUACUCCUCCAGCAAGCUGAGCAUCGACGAGGAGGUCUACUUCGAAAACCUCAUGCAGCUGGUGGAGCAUUACACCACGGACGCCGACGGGCUCUGCACGCGCCUCAUCAAGCCGAAGGUGAUGGAGGGCACGGUGGCCGCGCAGGACGAGUUCUCGCGGAGCGGCUGGGCCCUCAACAUGAAGGACCUCAAGUUGCUGCAGAUCAUUGGCAAAGGAGAGUUUGGAGACGUGAUGCUGGGCGACUACCGGGGCAACAAAGUGGCCGUGAAGUGCAUUAAGAACGAUGCCACCGCGCAGGCCUUUCUGGCGGAGGCCUCGGUGAUGACGCAGCUGCGGCACAGCAACCUGGUGCAGCUCCUGGGCGUGAUCGUGGAGGAGAAGAGCGGCCUUUACAUCGUCACCGAGUACAUGGCCAAGGGCAGCCUCGUGGACUACCUGCGGUCGCGCGGGAGGUCGGUGCUCGGCGCGGAUUGCCUGCUGAAGUUCUCCUUAGACGUCUGCGAGGCCAUGGAGUACCUGGAAGCCAACAACUUCGUCCACCGGGACCUGGCGGCCAGGAACGUGCUGGUCUCGGAGGACAACAUCGCCAAGGUCAGCGACUUCGGGCUGACGAAGGAAGCGUCGUCCACGCAGGACACGGGCAAGCUGCCGGUGAAGUGGACGGCGCCGGAAGCGCUUAGGGAAAAGAAAUUCUCCACCAAGUCGGACGUGUGGAGCUUCGGGAUCCUCCUCUGGGAAAUCUACUCCUUCGGGCGAGUGCCUUAUCCGCGAAUCCCCCUGAAGGACGUGGUGCCCCGCGUGGAGAAGGGCUACAAGAUGGACGCCCCGGACGGCUGCCCGGCCGCCGUGUACGAGGUGAUGCGGCGCUGCUGGACGCUGGACCCCAGCCACCGGCCGGCCUUCCGGCAGCUCCGCGAGCAGCUGGCCCAUAUCAGAGACAAGGAGCUCUACCUGUGAGGGAGGGGGCGGGGCCUCGUGGAGGGGGCGGGGCCUCGUGGAGGGGGGCGGGGCCUCGCGGAGGGAGGGGGCGGGGCUUGGUGCGAGCCCCGCCUCCUCGCUCCCCUCCCCGAGGUCCCGGGGCGGGGGGGGGGCGGGAGGCUCCCCCCCCCUUUCACCUUGGGUCACCCCCUCCCCUGCUCACUUCCAAAUCGAUCUUUUUAUUUUGGGUCAUUUUUUUUUCUAUUUUUACCCCCCCUUCUCCCCGCCCCCCCCCACAAGCUUUUUCUUUGGGAUUUUUGGGGUGGUUUUUUGUUGCUCUCCGUCUGUUUUUUUUUUUGUUGUUGUUGUUGUUUUUUUGUUUGUUUUUCGUUUUUUUUUUUUUUAUUAUUAUUAUUUCAAGCUGGGCCCAGCCGAGCGCCGGGCCAUUUUACUAAAGUACGAAUCUUAUUUUUUAAUGUAAUUAAAAGAAGAAAAAAAUUAAAAAAAAAACAGAAAAAAAAAGAGGAGGAGGAGGAGGAGGAGGGAAGGCAGUUAAUAAGGAAGAGAGUGACGAAACGAGCCAGUGAAACGGACACGCAAAAAGGAAAAGAAACCCCCACGACAGAAGUGAUGGUUGCGGCGGCGGCCGUGCCGCCCGUCCCGGAGGGCGCGCGGUGGCGGCACCCCGGCCGCUUUUUUGGGUUGUUUUGCUUUAAACUUGUCGCAAUGUUUGCAUGCUGUCUCCAGAGGCCUUUUUUUCCAGUCCUGUCCAGUGCUUUAUCUCAUGUAACGCUACCGACUGUGAGAUUAAAACUGUAAUAAAAACCGUUCCCUGGG